AUGGUAAUUGAUUUCCGCAAAUUAAAUAAGGCUACUAAAAAAGAUCAUUACCCCUUACCUUUCAUUGAUCAAAUGCUAGAAAGAUUAUCCAAACAUACACAGUUUUGCUUUCUAGAUGGUUAUUUUGGUUUCUCUCAAAUACCUGUGUCAGCUGAUGAUCAAUCAAAGACCACUUUUACUUGCCCUUUCGGUACUUUUGCUUAUAGACAUAUGCCUUUUGGUUUAUGUAAUGCACCUGCUACCUUUCAAAGAUGCAUGAUGGCUAUAUUCUCUGAUUUUUGUGAAAAGAUUUGUGAGGUAUUCAUGGAUGAUUUCUCCGUUUAUAGAUCCUCUUUUGAUGAUUGCUUAAGCAACCUUGAUCGAGUUUUGCAGAGAUGUGAAGAAACUAACCUUGUCUUGAAUUGGGAGAAGUGCCAAUGA